AUGAACAAUGAGCUGACAUUUCAAGUAAAUGUACCAUUCAUAAACAAAGCAAAUUGUAAUUAUGUAAGCAAUAUUGGAAAAUUAAGUAAUGAAUCAGAAAUUAUUGUUGAUAACUAUGAAGAUUCUGAAUUUAUACCAGAUUCUGAUGGCUCAGAUUUGUCUUUACCUAUCAACAAUAUAGGGAGAAUGAUGAAAUUAUCUAUACCUGGUUCGGCUAAAAUAUCUAGAGAAUCAAAAAUGCUGAUGCAACAAAUUUCUAAAGAUUUCAUUGGUUGUAUAUCAUCACAAGCAGGAGAGAUUUGUACUAGCAAUAAGCGACGUGUAUUAAAUGGUGAAGACAUCAUUAAUGCUUUAUCUUCAUUUGGGUUUGGAGAUUAUACAGGCACAUUAAUCAAUUAUUUAAAUAUUUGGAGAGGAUUAAAACAAUCUAGAAAUAUUAAAUCGUUUGGUAAUAUCUAUAAAUCAAAUACUUCAUCACUCAGCUUUAGUGAAAAUUAUCAAUCUUCUGAAAACGAUCAAAGUUUAGAAUAUAAUUACUCUAAUACAUCACAAAUUGUUAAUCAGAAACCUGAAAAUAAUGAAUGCAGCAAAUAUUUCAUCCAAAGUAAUAGUUCAAUAAAUAAUCAACAAAUUACUUAUACAAAUUCACCAAAAUAUACAAAUAAUGCUAUAUAUGACUUUACUAAUUCAAAUAUAGAUGGAAACAUUAACAUACAUUCACCAAAGUAUUCAGAAAUUACACAAGAAAACACAAGUGCUUCUUAUAUUAAUAGUAAAAAUCAAAUAAAUACAUUAUUAUUAUCACCAACAAAAAGUAUAAACUUUAUAAAUGAAUCUUCUCCAAUUACUCCAAAAUCAAUGUUUCCACUUAAUCAACCUGUAAAAAGAAAAAGAAUUUCUCAAGAAGAAUUUGGUAUAGUGAAUAUUGUUGAUAAUAUUGAACAAAAUAUAAAUUUUAAUGUAAAAUGUAACAUGAAUUAUAAUAUUAAAAACUUAACAGAAGCUGAAUCAAUUGAAAAUACUACAUUUCAAGAAAAUAUAAAGUCAAUGAAUAACUUUUCCAAAUAUAAUAAUAAUUUGGAUUUCUCUUCGAAUCAAUAUAAACAAGAUGAUAUAUUCUUGAACAAAAAUGAAAGUUCAUUUGAUAGUUAUUUCUCAUCAGAUUUAUAUAUUCAAGAUGAAAGUGAAAAUGAUACAGAAUAUUAUACAUAUCCAACUAGAUUAUUUAUUUCAUGA